UGGUGUAAAGCGGCGGGCCCGGCCGCAGACCCUGAGCCGGGGCGGGCGGCGGAGCCCGAGCACCACGCGGCGGGAUAUGCAGUAAGCCCUAGAGGGGUACCUUGCACAGAGACCAACAGAGGAGUGGGCAAACAUGAAGUCCAAUCCCGCUAUCCAAGCUGCCAUUGACCUCAUGGCAGGGGCCGCAGGGGGGACAGCAUGUGUCCUGACCGGGCAGCCCUUUGACACCAUGAAAGUGAAGAUGCAGACAUUCCCUGACCUGUACCGGGGCCUUACUGACUGCUGCUUGAAGACCUAUGCCCAGGUGGGCUUCCGUGGCUUCUACAAGGGCACCAGCCCAGCGCUGAUCGCCAACAUUGCUGAGAACUCCGUCCUCUUCAUGUGCUAUGGCUUCUGCCAACAGGUGGUACGGAAGAUGGUUGGAUUGGAGAAGCAGGCAAAGCUGAGUGAUUUGCAGAAUGCAGCUGCUGGUUCCUUUGCCUCUGCCUUUGCUGCGCUGGUGCUGUGUCCCACAGAGCUUGUGAAGUGCCGGCUACAGACCAUGUACGAGAUGGAGACAUCGGGAAAGAUAACCAAAAGCCACAGUACAGUUUGGUCUGUUGUGAAGAGUAUCCUUAGAAAGGAUGGCCCUUUGGGCUUCUACCAUGGACUCUCAAGCACUUUACUUCGAGAAGUACCAGGCUAUUUCUUUUUCUUUGGUGGCUAUGAACUGAGCCGGUCAUUUUUUGCAUCGGGGAGAUCAAAAGAUGAACUAGGCCCUGUCCCUUUGAUGUUAAGUGGUGGAGUUGGUGGAAUUUGCCUCUGGCUUGCUGUGUACCCAGUGGAUUGUAUCAAAUCCAGAAUUCAAGUUCUUUCCAUGUCUGGAAAACAGGCAGGAUUUAUUGGAACCUUUAUCAAUGUUGUGAAAAAUGAAGGAAUAAUCGCCUUAUAUUCUGGACUGAAGCCUACUAUGAUUCGAGCGUUCCCUGCCAAUGGGGCACUAUUUUUGGCCUAUGAAUACAGCCGGAAGUUGAUGAUGAGCCAGUUGGAAGCAUACUGAAGCGUCCUGCAUCCGAGCACACAUGUUGAGGACUACAGUUCAUCUCAGGGUUUCGUGGAGUACAAGACCAGCGUGGAAUUGUUGUGCUUUCUUGAGAAUUUAGUUUUUGUCUUCUCUUUUUCUACCCUAAAUCUUAAACUUUAUGGAAGGCCCUCUAUUUUACAUCAUAGUGUAUCUGUCCGUAAUCGUAUUGAAGUAGAAAAAUUGCUGUUGCUUGGUAGACUAUACAGGGUGACGAGUGGCCCUAUGUAUGCAAUUUGAAAGGCAGAACCUAAUUCUGUCAGGACUUUUGCCUGAACCUGGACUUGCACAUUAGGUUAGACAGUUAUAUGUUGAGUGAAAGACAAUUUGGUUCUAUGUUUAAUCUCAGAUAUUACCAGAAAAAUCCAGAGGUGACCAUAUUUCAUGAAGAUAGUUAUAAAUGAUUGCUUAACCCAUUUAAGAUAUAGCGUCUCUCUAAAGGAUUCUUAACAUGUGUACUAUUCUAACUGAUUGAACUUUUUAAAAAGUUUGAUCUGGUGCCUGGAAACCAAAAUAUCCCUUUAGACUUUUAGAGAAUAAAUAUACUUGCAUACUGGUGUGGUUUCCACAUUCUAAAGUGUCAAGAGUAGUAUUCUGGAUUUCCCCAGGAUGCUCUACUCUUAAAUUAGUGCCAUUUGUUUUUGAGGUGGGAUCACAUUCCACACUGACAGUAUAGCUAUGUGUGGUCUAGAGCAGCAGUCCUCAUGGAGGUGGUCAGGGAGCACCUGAAGGGAGGCAGAGCUUAGGUGAUGUGAGUGAUGGGGAGUAGCUGUAAAUACAGAUGAAGCUUUGCUUGCCUGCCUGCCACUCCUCACUGGUUCUGUGGCCCAGUUCCUAACAGGCCACAGACCAGUACUGGUCUGCAAUUUGGGCAUUGGGAACCAUAGGCCUAGAAAAUCUGGCCUUUACAAAAGAGUGUGGCCUUCACCAGUUCUCUUUCUUCUGUCCUAAAAAGCUUCCCCUCUUGCUGGGCUUUAGAUUGAUCCCUCACUGUCCUCUUUGCCUCUACCACUUAGAAGCCUUUCCAGGAAACAGAGUGCCAAAGCCAAGGGGAAGCCUUUAUUUCUUGUUGGUGAUUGAGUGACAGUUCUCAUGAGUGAAGUCCUCUCCUCUCAGACAUAACUAGAAAGCACUCAGUGCCUAUACUACACAGUGUGUAACGUCAGAAUUGCCCCAUCCUCAAAUUCACCUUGGGAUCCAUAAUUCCUUGCCUUGCUUUUACAGUGUUGGGGCCUUCUACAUUUAAUACUGGUAGUCAGUGAGUUUUAAUGACUGAAUAGGAGAUGUGACUUUAUGAAGCAAUGAGACAUAAGGAAAGCAGUUUUAUUAAACUAUACUGCAUGUAUGUACGUAUUCACUGACUUAAAAAACCAACCAAACUCCACAGUUAAUUUGAUCCCUGUAGACUUGGGUUGGGCAGCUGUUCUUUGGCCAUAUGGUAUAAGAGGAUCAAUUCUGUUAAUACUAAAGUCAGCCUCAUCAUCCUGUGCUGCUCCAGGACCAGCAGGGUCUCUCUGAAUAAAAAGUCUCCUUCAGCAGCCUGCAGAGCUGAUGGCAAGCAGGCCAACCAUGUUAACAAUAGUCCAUACUGUGUGUGUAUUUCUGUGGACAGAAUAUAAAUACUGUGCAAAACCUCCAGUUUCUUAAACUUCAUGCAUUCUGUGAAGCCUCUGUGGCAUCUUUAGGCAUAGUGCCUGAAGCAAAGGGGGUCAGGGAAGUGAGAGGCUGACAAACAGGGGACUUUGGGGGAGGGGAUUCCUUCUCUCUUCUGGCUGUUGUGCUCUACAAUUAUGGUUGGUGUCUUCCAUUUGCUUUUUCUCUAAGAGAAAAUCAUUUUUGUACUUUGCUUUUCUCUCCAUACCGAACUGGUCAGUAGCUACUGAGAGGUAUUUCAUUUCAACAGGCCUAGGCUGAAGCAAAAUGGAAAAUAGGGCUGGCUUCCACCAAGAAGUGAACCAUUUCAGUAUCCAUGGUACCCUGCCUGGGGCCCAGGAUGUAGUCACAUUAGCCAUAUUGGCAGAUCUUAUCACAGGUCCUCCAUUAAAGAUUUAAAUAUCCUCAAUGAGCAACAGUUAGAGGGAAACGGCAAGAGUGAAGAAUGGAAACCUAAUUCAAGAGAAUAAUUUUUUUCUUUCUGUUAGGUUAAUUCAUGGUUUAAUAGUUGGGUAGUUUGUACCAUUUUCAGAUCUGUACUCCAGACAAAAAUAUAAUAAUUUAAAAUGUUGUAUUUGAAGAAACUUGAGUGUCCUAUUGUCAUUAAAUUAUUUACCUAAUA